AUGAGACUGAUCCACCUCCUACUGGUCGUUGCACUCCUCAGUCUCGUCCGGAUUGUCAAUUCACAGCAGCGAAGAUCAUUGCACAGUAGCUGGGAUGAAUUCGACGGAGACGAGGAUCCUGUUUACAUUCCAGAGUACGAAGAUGAGGAUGUGUAUGAGAAAGUGGUGGAUAUCAGAGCUGUUCGUGGAUAUUCGCCAACAGCAAAAUUUACAAAGAAGAGUGACGAAGCCAAAGUGUCGGAAGACAAAGAGAAUCGAACGAGUGCAGGAGUGAAAGUGAGAGGCAGAAGUCGGUUUCAGCCCUCAUCGCCGAGAUCUGAGACAACAACGACAAGAGGCACUGACACCACAUCCAAAGUGUCUAAGUACACGCGACAGCGACAAGUCAAUACACCCAGGCGACCUUACACAACAACACAGAAGCCACGAAACUCGCCAGCGAGCACACCAGACAGUCAGUACAGCUGGCGAAAGGACAUUGUUUAUGGGAAGAAUGACGAGGAUCAGAAGAAUCCGCCGAGAAGAUAUGAAUCUCGCAAUAGAACAAUGACGAAAAUUCUGUCCGAAGUCACACCGCGAGGAGAGUCAGACAGUCCACCGGCGAGAACAACUCAGGACUUCACAACGAAGAUCAGUAGCAGGACGAGGGAUCCGAAGAAGAGUUCUGAGACGAAAGAGGAGAAGCGCAGAUAUAAUCCUGUGCAGAGAGAGAGUCGCAGAGGAAGAAUAAUCACGACGACAGAAUCAACAGCAACGACAGCGGUCAAAUUUGUGCCAACGACAACAACACGACCAACAACAACGACACAAGAAGUUCCGUCGACGACUGCAAAGAAGAUUGUCAACUACCCGACAACAACGUCAUUGCCAACGACAAGACUUCUUAUCACGACUAAACUGCCAACAACGACAACAAAACUCUUUACAAGGCCUGCAAUUGUCACAAAAGCAUCGACAACGACUACAGAGACUCCAUCCAAAGUGAGCAGCUUCACGAGAGUGUCUCUAGAGAGUGCAGCAGAUCAGUCGAAGCCAGAAUCAACCAAGGAGUCCACAAGAUCCUCACCGCCUUCGCGAGGCAAUGCAUACUCGUUUUCGAAGUACUCGCCAAACUCAUCGGCAUCAGAUGACAGUGACGAAGAGGAGAACUAUCCGGAGCACUUCAAGAAGAUGCUGAGGCAGAUGCAGGAGAAGGAGAAGGGCGCAUCAGUGGUUUCGACCACGGAAAAGCCCCGCCGAGUGGAACCAACGAGACCGCGAUUCAUUCCGCGCGAGAGGCCAACGCCAUCGACAACUUCAACGUCCACCAGCAGUGGAUUGGGGACGAAAGUGAAAUAUGGUGGCAGAGACAAUGCAGAUUUGCCGCUUAAACAGGCGAAACGUGUGAAAUUACUGGAGAAUUUUAAGUCGGCAAAUGAUGGUGAUAAUUCGAUACCUCACACUUUUCCCACCACUUCAACCACAACAACUCAAGAGACGCCGAGUUUCGUGCCGGCGCCGAAGAGAUCAAAAGUUGUUGUGCAGGAGAGCUACUCAAAGAUAAGCACUCAGAGUUCUGUCGAGAGGCGAAAACCAGCCAAGGCGAAGGACACGCAAUCCGAUUGGCGAUCGCACAUGCGAAAGCCACCAUCGACAGUGGUUCCAGUGACGUCAACGACACCCAGCACAACUCAUGACAUUCCCGUGACCACGGCGAAAUACGUGCAGAGCUUCAAGAGUCACUUCAAUCCUUUCCCGAAGGAUUUUGAUGACUUCGGCACAUUCUCGCAGCAAUUCAGCGGGCGAACGACGUCCGAGCCGCAGCAUCAAAAUGCAAUUCAGGGGAAUUAUGUAAAUUUCCACCUUCCCACAGUGUCGUACUCCUCGUCAACCGUAUCGUCGCAACUACCAACGACGACAUCACGCUACAGCUCGCGCUACCGGAACAUUUACAGGGCUCCAGCGAGCUCCUUCGUGUCCCAGAGGCACGGUCCGUCGGCAGCCAUUGGCCAUCCCGUUUACAUUCCCACAAUUCCAUCCAUACGCACCACCCAUUCCACAACACAACAACCGGUACGUUUUCUCUAUGUGACUGGCUCUAAAAAUGCCGCUGUACACUCUCUAAUGAAGUAUUUGCAUAAGUUGCGACAGCGCGUAAUGGUCACGGUGGUCAAGGCGUUUGCUGACGCCUCCGCCACGGAUAAGGCGCUUUUUGGCAGCGGCGCCGCUAAAGCCAAGGUCACCUUUGGUGAUCGCAAGAUAAAGAAAGCCAAACAUUGGUGA